AUGGAAACGCCCAGAGUUUAUCAACAGGAGGGACACCUUUCGUCACUGGCCGGCUCUGCCCGGGAGGGUGUGUGUAGCCUGUUCAACGCUGUGCUCUUUUUUUUUCUCAAUGAUUAUUCCAUCAAGAAGAGAAGUGUGCAUCAAGUGGAUCUGGAGUUGACAGCAGAUGAGUCGCAGCAGGCAGAAGCAGAGAGAUCCGUGUAUGACAAGACUUCAACACAACGAUCAGGAUGAUUUCCUGUGACGAUUAUGGAUUUAAUUCGCUAUCAUAAUUUUGAAUUACUUGCAUGCGCCAUUCUCAUCUCAUCACUGUUUGUGAUUAGUGGUGCAUCUCCUGACCGGCUGCCUUCACCGGUGGACCGGUGCUCUCCAAACCCGUGUCAAAACAGGGCGAUAUGCAGAAUCCGCGGGGACGGCUACGCGUGCUUCUGUGUGCCGGGGUUCCAGGGGGCUCACUGUCAGAUAGAUGUGAAUGAGUGUGUUUCACAGCCCUGCAGGAACGGAGCCACAUGUGUGGACAGAGUGGGCAGGUUCUCCUGUCUGUGUUCUCCUGGGUUCACUGGGGACACUUGUGAGGUCCAGAUUGAUGAGUGUCAAUCACAGCCAUGUCUCAAUGGCGGCAGUUGCCAUGACCACGCCGGUAGCUUCUCUUGCACCUGCCUGCCCGGUUUCCAAGGACACCGAUGCGAAAUCAGCAUUGACGAGUGCCAAGAGCAGCCAUGCCAAAAUGGGGCUCUGUGCGUAGAUGAGGAGAAUAACUACAGAUGUGACUGCUCUCACACAGCCUUCACUGGCAGACUCUGUGAGACACCUCUACCACCAUGCCUCUCCGAUCCCUGCUUCAACAGCGCCAUCUGCAAGGACAACCAGGGUAACUACAGCUGUGAAUGCUGGCCAGGGUUUGAGGGGCGUCAUUGUGAUAUUGACAUCAAUGAAUGUGGCAGCCAACCCUGCAUGCAUGGAGGCCGCUGCAUUGAGAGGUCGUGGCAGGCUCUGUAUGGCAGCGAGCCUCUGCUUCCUGAACACUAUGACCAGCAGCAAGCUGCAGGUUUCAUCUGCAGCUGUCCUCUAGGAUCUACUGGUUCCCUCUGCCAGGAGGUGAUAAACCAGUGUGAUCCCAUUCCCUGCCAGAAUGGGGGCAGGUGUGAGAGCCAUGUUGAAGGCUAUAUUUGCCACUGCCUCAAACAUAGUCAUGAUGGUGUCCUCUACGGAGGUGUAAACUGUGAUGUGAGGCUAGUGGGCUGUGAGGGACAUGAAUGCCAGAACCAAGGCUCCUGCUCUCCUUUCCUGUUGGAUGGGACUCAGGGAUACACCUGUUCCUGCCCGCCUGGGCACACUGGACCCCUAUGUCAGACCCCCACCACCUUCUCCUUUGAACGCAGAGGCUACCUGCUGCUGCAGAGUCCCCUGGUGGAUACCGCGGAGUCCUGCAACAUCACCCUCAGCUUCAAGACGAUUCUGCCCACGGCGUUGUUGUUCCAGCGGAACAGCUUGGGGCUGCUGCUGAGCCUGGAGCUGGACGAGGGGCAGCUUCGUCUCUCACUGAGGAAGGAGGCCUCUGCUGGGUCUGAGGCAGAAAGCCAACACCAGGUCCUGGAGCUUCAACCCAAUGUCACAGAUGGAGAGUGGCAUUCUGUGAAGGCUGUGCUCAGAAGCGGGAUGCUCAGUCUGACACUCUUGGAUGAUGCUGGGAGCUGUGGGAGCCAGGGGUGCCACAAGGUGGCCCAAGUCCAAAGCACCCUGGCCAGGCUGGUGUCACCUCCUCAGGACACUUUCAUUGGAGGGGUGCUUCAGGACUCCAGUGAGGACUCUCUGCUUCCAGCUUUUAUUGGCUGCAUGCGGGAUGUGUUUGUGGACUGGCAGCUCGUCGUCCUCGAGGAUUGGCUGAGCGACUCAGCUGUUAAUGUGUCUCCUGGCUGCAGCCACAGGGACCGCUGCCUGGACGUGCCUUGCCAAAACAGAGGACAGUGUGUCAACCUGUGGCAGAGCUACCAGUGCCGAUGCCCGAGGCCUUAUGAGGGGCAGGACUGUGAGGAGGAACACGUGACCGCACGCUUUGGGAACGAGGACUCUCACAGUUACGCAGCGUUCACUGUCACGGAAGAUCUGGAUGACAACUUCUCCAUCUCCCUCUUCCUGCGUACACGGAGGCCACACGGACUCCUCCUGGCGCUCGCCAACAGCAGCAGCCAGUACCUGCGCAUGUGGCUGGAGGACGGCAAGGUCACAGUUCAGCUGAAUCACUUUAUGAGUCUGAAGGCAGAGAGUGCCAUUAAUGACGGGGAAGUCCACUUUGUGAGUGUAGAGGUGGCGGAGCAUCGUAUGUCUCUGUAUGUAGCAGCUCAGAAACAGAGUGAUGUGGAAGUCAGGACAGUCAAUGUCCAAGCUGGACAUACUGUCUAUGUGGGAGGUCUGUUGGACAGUUGGACAACUUCAGUGUUUGGUGGAUAUUUUAAAGGCUGUAUCCAGGACCUGAGGAUCAACGACAGGCGGCUGCAGUUCUUCGGGUUGGACACCUCAGUGAGAUCUUAUCCUCUGGAGCUCCUGGAAAAUGUGACUGCUGGAUGUUCAGGGGACAAUGCCUGUGGUACCAACCCUUGUCUAAACGGUGGGAUGUGUUACUCCAUGUGGGAUGACUUCACCUGCACCUGCCCUCCCAGGACAGCAGGGCAGCGCUGUGAAGAGGUCAGGUGGUGCGAGCUGUCAACUUGCCCCCCAGACUCAGAGUGCAGGAUGCUGAACCAGGGAUACGAAUGCUACUCCAAUGCAACCUUCCUGAAUAACAGCACUGUGUUGUCCUACCGGGGAAACGGCCACAUAUCCCGCAAUCUAACUAACCUCUCCCUCAACCUACGCACACGAAAGCGUAACACAGCUAUAAUUCAUGCAGAGAAGGAUUCAGCAUUCUUUACACUCUCCGUCCAGGGUGGUUUCCUCUUCAUGGAGCUUCAGAGUCCCUCUGGAGGCGACAUGGAGGAGGAGGAGGGAGAGCAGGUUGUGUCUACGGUCAGUCUCAGCAGCAGGACGAGUGUUAGUGAUGGUGAGUGGCACAGCGUCCACCUGUUCAUGGCAGCGCCAUGGGCACAGACCUCCCGCUGGACUCUGGUGUUGGAUGAAGAAAUAGAGGAGGCCAGCACCUCCAGGAGCCAAGGAGGCAACCUGAACUUCCUCAGGCAGGGGUUGGACAUCUUCUUAGGGGGCCUGGCCCCUGAAGCUGGGUGGUCCCUGGUCGGGUGCCUGGGCACAGUAGAGCUAGGUGGCAUUGCCCUGCCUUACUUCAGCUCCUCUGAUGUGAACCUCCCACGCCUGCAGGAGGAGCAGUUCAUCCAGACAUCACAGCAGCCGCCGCUCCUCGGCUGCAGCGGGGGGCCCGUGUGCGAGCCCAACCCCUGCAUGAACGGAGGGGAGUGCCAGGACCUCUUCAACACCUACAACUGCAGCUGUGCCGCAGGCUGGGCCGGGAGACACUGCAGCUUCUUCACCGACACCUGCGCUUCCAGUCCCUGCGCUCACGGCAACUGCAGCGUGAACGGGCUGACCUACAAGUGCACCUGUGACACUGGCUACGCAGGUGAUGACUGCGACGAGGAGGUGGAUAUGUGUGAGAAUCACCUGUGUGCCCACGGAGGCACAUGUCUGCAUGGUCCAGACAGGUAUGCCUGCCUCUGCCCUGAGAACUACACUGGACUCAUUUGCAAUGAACGCAUUGAAGAAAUUCCGUGGUACAUUGUUGUCAAAAAGGUACGGCCUAAGCUGCCUGUUUCCGUGUGCGGCGAUGACACCAGAAACUACACCUGCUUCAAUGGAGGCAACUGCACCGACCGGGAGCUGUCCUGUGACUGUUUGCCUGGCUUCACUGGACACCGGUGUGAGCAGGAGGUGGACGAGUGCAAGUCCAACCCCUGUCUGAACGGAGGCUACUGCCGCAACCUCAUCAACAAGUUUGUGUGCGUGUGCGACAUGAGCUACGCUGGAGACACGUGCCAGACGGACUUGACCUCUGAGGGUUUGACCUCUGACCUCUUACUGUCCAUCAGUCUGGCGUCCGUCGUCCUGCUGCUGGUUCUCAUUCUCACCGCCGUCAGCCUAGUGGUGGCGUUAAAUCGCCGCGCCACCCAUGGCACCUACAGUCCCAGCCGGCAGGAGAAGGAGGGAUCCCGGGUGGAGAUGUGGAGCAUCACACAGCCGCCACCGAUGGAGAGACUCAUAUGA